UCUGUUGCGCUUGUGCGGUGAGGAUUAUCGACAGAGACUUAUUUAAGUUUUGGGUCUUUACAGUCUUUUUUUUAGAUAGAUAUAUCAAUAGUUCUUUGUUGAAUUCUGACCUCUCUCCUCUCAGCGAGGCUGUUUCCGCUCAGUCCACAGAACGGUGGCGCGGUGUCACUGUGUUACACAUGGAGACUCCUUACAGGAAGACGCAGGUGUUGAACUAGAGCCACGAAGAGUCCUGGCGACGAGCUGAUGUUUGUGAUGAAGGAUCGACUCGCCGAACUCAACGUUAGUAGGACACAGGCAGAUGAGGAUGUUGCAGUCACUGUGGACAGAGAUGGCUUCAUGGAGGGCUUUUUCAGGAGGGUGGAAGAAGUCAGAGGACUCAUUAAUAAGAUCUCCCAUCAAGUGGAGGAGGUGAGGAAGACACACAGCAUGAUCCUGACUGCACCCAACCCUGAUGACAGAACAAAGGAUCAACUCUACGCGCUGACCAACGAUAUCAAGGGCAACGCCAACGUGGUGCGAACCAAACUCAAAUCCAUGGAGCAAAGUAUGCCCAAGGAUGAUGAAACGAACCGGUCUUCUGUCGACUUCAGGAUCCAGAAAACGCAGCACACAGUGCUGUCCAGAAAGUUUGUGGAGGUCAUGACCCAGUACAACGAGACGCAAGUGUUCUUCCGGGAGAGAAGCAAAGGAAGGAUCCAGAGACAGCUGGAGAUAACUGGAAGGGUGACAACCAACGAGCAGCUGGAGGACAUGUUAGAAAGCGGAAAUCCAUCAAUAUUCACAUCUGAUAUCAUUUCCGAUUCCCAGAUCACACGUCAGGCCGUGGACGAGAUAGAGUCGCGUCACCAGGACAUAAUUCGCCUGGAGUCGAGCAUCCGAGAGCUUCACACCAUGUUCAUGGACAUGGCCAUGCUGGUCGAGUCUCAGGGGGACAUGGUCAACAACAUAGAGAAUAACGUCACCAACGCAGCUGAAUACAUUUGUCGUGCAAAGGAAGAGACCAAAAAAGCAGUGCGAUACCAGAAGAAGUCCCGAAGGAAAUGCAUCAUUCUCGCCUUUGCACUGUUGAUCCUGAUCGCUGUCGUCGCACUGGUCGUCGGCCUCUCCGUCGGACUAACCAAACCUCCCGUGUGAGUCCGCUGGGAAUCACCGCGCGAGACACUUCCCUGCCUUGCCUUGACUUUGUGUGGCGUCACCGGCCUCCUCCUCCUCCUCCUCUCACUCACUCAUCGUCUUCCUCGGAGUCUUCGAGUGAUGGACUUCAUGGUUUGCAGCUUUCAGGGUUCUGCUCCUGUGGCGGCGAGGCAGAGAACAGUCACUGACUUUAUAGCAGAAACAUAAUGUAUGCGACCCACUUUGCACCAGCGAACCUCAGACCUCAUCCUCUAGAGCAGUUCUGUUCAGGUGGGAUCCAGUGAAGUGACCUCUCUGCACUUUUUCCCUUUGUGCCUUAGCUGAGAUAGCACGUCAGAUGUAUUCACUGGUGUAUGUUGAAUAUUCUCUGUAUCGCAGUACAUUUUUGAUAUCGUGUAUCACUGUUAGAGAUUCCGUCAGAGUGAUGUAGGCCGUAGUGAAAAUAUAAAAAUAACUAUACCACCUGCAGCGUCAGAGCUCGCCUCAACAGACUGGAAACAAAAAAACCCAGCUUUUUCAACAAAAUACCUGCCAUUUUAAGAUUGUGCAGGGGAUUAUGUGAUCGUUUCUUGGCUGUUUACAUUUCUCUGUACAUAAAAAAAAAUAUAAUUGUGUUGAACUAAGCUACAAUGUCACUUGUGGCUUUAUAUUUAAUGUAUAGUAUAACAAAGGUGUGUUUCCUACAAAAAACGAUUGACUAUUAUACAACCAUUCUCUUGUUUUAUUGCAUAUUUACUGUACGUCAUGUGAAUUGAAUGUUAAACUUUAACAAUUGAUAAUGAUAAUGAUAAUAAUUGAAUUUAACAAACUGUCAGUGUGUUAUGACUGAAAUAAUAGCUGUGAAAAAACUGAUGUAUGAUAGAAUUCUGAGAUGGGUUUGAUUUCAAGAGCACACAUUUCUAUUUUGAUACAUUUUGGAUUCUUUGUUGUUGUUGUUUUUUUAAGUCAAACCUUGUGUUUUAUCAUUUUAAAGCAGAACAAUUAAAAAUAAAG